CACGCUGGGGCCGAAUCAACCCGAUCCUAAUUUUAAUUUCCAAAUAUUUUUCGUCACUAGCUACCGUUAAUCCAAGAAAUGCAUUGGUCCGGCUGAUAAUAUAACUGUAAGAGCGUGGGUGGUAAUGCUCUUGCGAGGUGGUACAUCAUUUUAUUUCAAAGAGUUUUUUUAUGCUCAUGUGGGUGGUAAAGUGCACCAUUGUAUUUUAAGUUUUUAAUGCAGCUGUAUUGACUAUAAGGCCAUAUGCUACACGCUCUUAGUAUUGGGUACAAUUUCCAAACUGCUAAAUGGACGCCAUUAAUGAAUUCAAAUUGCUAAAUGAAUGCCCUUAAAACAAUUAAAAUCGGAAAAAGAAGAAGGGAUUUAAUUCGGGACACCGCUGUCAAGCUUUGGUCCAAUUCACCAACUACAUGCCCGCUAAUUCGUCCCAAGACCAGAAAUUUAAGGGCUAAACGGUAAUUUUCACUUCUUCCCGCUUAUUUUCUUUCUCAAGUAUGAGAUUUUGCUGUCCUCCCUCGAGGAACUCGAAACAAAAAAAAAUCAUGGCGCGAAAGAAGACCUCGCCGUCCUCUCAUUCACCAAUCCUAAUCGGUAAUUGUGAGGUUACUGUGGAAUCUAACAACUUCAGUACUUCCAAAUCGGAUCCAAACAGCCUUCAUAUUUCAACCACCAGAAACUCAAAAAUCAAAAUCUCAGUGAGAGAAGAGCUUAACAGAAGGUGCUGUGAUGAUAUUGAGCAAUCUAGAGCUGAAGAAAAAAUAUUGGAAGUGGGGAAAAAUUUACCUCUUGGGGAAGAAUAUAUGUUUUCCCUUGUAAAUUCAAAAUUUUCUGAUAGCUGUUAUCUUCAGGAGAUUUUAAAGAUGUACACGCGAGAACUACCUACAAUGAAUUUCGCUGCAAAUACUGGAAAGCAAUCAAUGUUUCUAGAAAAAUGCAUCUCCAAUGGGAAGUACUGUUCACUGCUUUUGAAAUCCAAGUUUGCUGAAGGUUCUGGAGUGGUUAUAGCUGCAAUUACAUAUCAAAUAGUCCCUGCUGAUACACAGUAUGCUGAGAUUCCUAUUGCUGCUGUCAGUUCAGACUAUCAACGCAAGGGUUUUGGUCGCUUGUUGUACAAGGAAUUGAGGAAGAGACUUUGGAAUGUUGGUGUUCGUGCUAUAUAUUGUUGGGGAGAUAAGGAAUCUGAGGGUUUUUGGCAUAAACUGGGUUUUCAAUCAAUAGCAGAGGUGGACAAAAAGGGUAGAGCUGGCAGGCUGCCAAUCAAGGCUGAUGUCCGCAGAGCAUUAUGCUUCCCUGGUGGUUCAGUUUUAAUGGUCUCUCAUCUUGGUGAGGAUAUUUCAGCUAAUGAUUCAGAGUUGCAGAAAUUCCAUUUUCCACUGAGGCCUCAAAAGCUCUCAUCGGCUAUUGAUAUUUCUGUUCAUCUUGGAAAGGAUUACAAUACUCUGGGUACAAGAGAUGAAUUAAUUCCUAGAGCAGAAAGUUCUCACCCUGAAGGGCUAAUAAGAGAAGAAGGAUUCUGUUGGAAUGGGGAUUGUGAGAAACUGGAUACUUUUGGGGGUCUGGGAUGCAGCAAGAAGUCAAGUGGUGCAGGACUGGAAAAGAUUGAAGCUGAUAUUGAUGCUAAAUUUUGCUCUUGCUAUACACAAAAUAAAAGGAGGAGAGUUUGGGAAGCCUCAUUAUCCUCGCUGAAAUCGAAAAAAGUGAAGGGAAGCCAUCAAAUCGACUGCACAGAAUAUUCAGGAAGUGACAGAAUGGAGUCUUGUUUCAAUGAAUGCUCCUUGGCCAUUUCAAAAGGUAACUCUUUUCUGGAGGUCUCUGAUACAGAUCCUUUGACCAGUAAUUGCAUGGAAAAUAAUGCCAAAGAAGGUAGAUCAAUUAAUAUGGGAUCAGAGGCUAUUGUGAGCAGAGGGCUUCAGUCAAUGGGGGACAACAUCCAAAUCAUGUUGAUGAACAUUGCUGAUGAGGCUAAGAAAAUUCAUCUAACAAAGGUAAUCGAAAGCCUUGGUGGUACUGUCACCUCUGAUGGCAGUAUAAGCACACAUGUAGUCACAGGAAAAAUCAGAAAAACUUUAAAUUUCUGCACUGCUCUCUGUUCAGGUGCUUGGAUAGUCUCAUCCAGUUGGUUAAAAGAAAGCUUCCAGAACGGCAGAUUUGUAGAUGAAUGGCCUCAUGUAUUGCAUGAUGAAGAAUACAUGCUCAAGUAUAGAACUGGGUUAAAGGAUGCAAUUCUUAGAGCAAAAGCCAGACCCAAAGCUCUUCUUAGAGGGUAUGACAUAUGCAUAUCCGCUCAUAUCCAGCCUCCAGUAAAAACUCUGUCUGCUAUUGUCAAGUCUGCUGGUGGGAAUAUUGUUUCUGGACUGAACAAAAUAAGUGAAGCAUCAAAUGCAAUAUUUGUUGGUUGUGAAGAAAACAUGGAAGAAGCAUUAUCAGCUUCAAAGAAAGGAAUACAGACUUUCAGCAGUGAUUGGUUGAUGAACUGCAUAAUGAGACAAGAACUGGAUCUGCAGGCAUUUCAAUUUGCCGAGUCCUUAUGAGGAGACUAUAAUUUGUGGUGGGAAAUGUAAAUUGGCAUCUUUUGCCUUUUCCGUAAGAAAAUGCGAUUAAUUCUUGUUCCGAAAUCAAGUUCUCGGGAAUUAAAAUUUGUCUCUAAAUCCUUUGUAAUGCAAUGGAAGGUCUGGUUUAUCUGAA